AUGUUGGCUCGUACUGCUGCUAUUCGUUCUGUUACUAGAUCCUUUGUCAACGUGGCUAGAGUUGCCAGAGUUGCUAGACCGGCUACCAUCAUCGCUGGUAGAAGGUAUGCCACUGCCAAGGCUCAACCAACCGAAGUGUCGUCUAUUCUUGAAGAGAGAAUCAGAGGCGUUUCUGAGGAGGCUAACUUGAACGAGACUGGUAGGGUUUUGGCCGUUGGUGAUGGUAUCGCCCGUGUUUUCGGUUUGAACAACAUUCAAGCUGAAGAAUUGGUCGAGUUCUCCUCUGGUGUCAAGGGUAUGGCCCUUAACUUGGAACCUGGUCAAGUUGGUAUUGUGCUUUUCGGUUCCGACAGAUUGGUCAAGGAAGGUGAAUUGGUCAAGAGAACUGGUAAGAUUGUGGAUGUUCCGGUCGGUCCAGAAUUGUUGGGUAGAGUUGUCGACGCUCUAGGUAACCCAAUCGACGGUAAGGGCCCAAUCAAGGCUUCUGGCCGUACUAGAGCUCAAGUCAAGGCUCCAGGUAUCUUGCCAAGAAGAUCUGUCCACGAGCCAGUGCAAACCGGUUUGAAGGCUGUUGACGCUUUGGUGCCAAUCGGUAGAGGUCAAAGAGAACUGAUCAUCGGUGACCGUCAGACUGGUAAGACCGCCGUCGCUCUGGACACCAUUUUGAACCAAAAGAGAUGGAACGACGGUUCUGACGAAUCCAAGAAGUUGUACUGUGUCUACGUCGCCAUUGGUCAAAAGAGAUCCACCGUGGCUCAAUUGGUUCAAACCUUGGAAGCACACGACGCUUUGAAAUACUCCAUCAUCGUGGCUGCCACCGCUUCCGAGGCUGCUCCUCUACAAUACUUGGCUCCAUUCACCGCUGCCUCCAUUGGUGAAUGGUUCAGAGACAACGGUAAGCACGCCUUGAUCGUCUACGACGAUUUGUCUAAGCAAGCUGUUGCCUACCGUCAACUAUCUCUAUUGUUGAGAAGACCUCCAGGCCGUGAAGCUUACCCUGGUGAUGUCUUCUACUUGCAUUCCAGAUUGUUGGAAAGAGCCGCCAAGAUGUCUGAAAAGGAAGGUGCCGGUUCCCUGACCGCUUUGCCAGUCAUUGAAACUCAAGGUGGUGAUGUUUCUGCUUAUAUUCCAACUAACGUCAUCUCCAUUACUGACGGUCAAAUUUUCUUGGAAGCUGAAUUGUUCUACAAGGGUAUCAGACCAGCCAUUAACGUCGGUCUUUCUGUCUCCAGAGUUGGUUCUGCUGCUCAAGUGAAGGCUUUGAAGCAAGUCGCUGGUUCUUUGAAGCUGUUCUUGGCUCAAUACAGAGAAGUCGCUGCUUUCGCUCAAUUCGGUUCCGACUUGGAUGCUUCCACCAAGCAAAUUUUGACCAGAGGUGAGAGAUUGACUCAAUUGUUGAAACAAAGCCAGUACGCUCCAUUGGCCGCCGAAGAACAAGUGCCAUUGAUUUACGCUGGUGUCAACGGUUACAUCGAUGGUAUUGAAUUGUCCAGAGUUGCUGAGUUCGAAUCCUCCUUCUUGGCUUACUUGAAGGCCAACCACGAAGACAUUCUAAGCUCCAUCAGAGAAAAGGGUGAAUUGCCAAAGGAUUUGUUGGAAAAAUUGAAAUCUGCUACUGAAUCUUUUGUUGCCACUUUUUAG